UCUUGAUAUCUGUCAAAUUGUAACAUUUGUAUUUUAUUGGCAGAUAUGAUUCUGAUAUCUUUGUGAAUCCCAAUUAACAAUGACACAACAUAAAACACAACAUAAAACUCUGGUAGACUAUAUGCUAAGCAGGAAAGGCCUUUCAUUUAAAUCUAAUCUGGAAUAUGCAUCUUGGCCUACACCUUGUUUCAUUAGCAUGACAAGUGGCCAGCAAAGCCAAAACACAAGACUAUUGUGACUAAACAGCAAACAACCAUGGCCUUUUGCUUCUGGGCAAAAUCAAAUCAGACACAGGCUAGUCAUGAACAAUGUGUGCACUUUAAUAGAGACUUUUAAGGAACAGACAUCCCUUACUUAGUCAAUCAUUCACUGUUGAUAAGAGUGGAAUGUAUUAUUACGUUACACAUUACUGUAAGUACCACUGUGGGUCACAAGAAUGAGGUUAUAACUUAGCCAACCACCAAGCAAAUGCUCUAAAAACUUUAAUGUAUAAUCUUGGCAAGACAUGUGUUAAGUGUGAACUCUCUGCUUUAAAAUGUUAGUUGUGUCCAAACAGCAACUUGUUUGACAGGAAUGUGUAUCAUUACAAUAACAUAAUGGAGCACCUACAUCAGGUUUAGUGCAAAGCUGAAGGCUACAGGUUCAUCUUGGACAGUUGAUAAGUAAUCUGAGAGGGGAACUUUGAAGGGGAAUAGUUUUCAACCAACAGUCAUCAGAAAUGAUAUACUCUGAUUUGCUAAUGAGGAGGGAGGUGUUUUGUGGUAAGUUGGUCUCCGUGGGUUUAUAGGCACGGACGCUGUACUCUCUUCAGCUGCAUUCAGGUGGAUGCUUCAGUGGAAGCUGCACAGGUUCAUCACCCAGCUGAAGCGCUCAGGUGGACACAGGCAUGGCGUUUGCAGGGAUACUGAAAGAAGAGGACAUUGUUGCGGCUGUCCAGGCAUGCCAAGCUCCGGGCACUUUUGCAAUCGAGGCUUUCUUUAAACAAGUGGGGCUGUCUGGCAAGUCGAACACUGAGGGCCAGGAAGUGUUCAAAGUCCUUGACCGAGACAAGAGUGGAUUUAUUGAAGAAGAGGAGCUCAAACUCUUCCUCCAGAACUUCAUCGCAGGUGCCCGAGAGCUGACAGACUCCGAGACCAAAGCGUUUCUGGCAGUGGGAGACUGUGAUGGAGAUGGCAAAAUUGGCAUGCAGGAAUUCUGCACGCUGCUGAACUGAUGUACUGAUGCGUCUUCUCCUAGCCUGACGGUGACAAACUAGAAUUUUCUGUUUUCUUUUUUCCAGCAGUCUCAUAGCUGACUAAAAAUGUUUGUACUGAUUAAAUGACUCAGUGAAUUUGUGAAAUAAAGUUUAAU